AUGGCGUCUACAGAUGAAGACAAAUUUGAUCGUCAGUUAUAUCAUAAAAUAAGGAACUUUUUACAAGAAGGAGCAAACGAGAGUAUAAAAAACGAUGGGGACGAAAUAUUUCCAAAUAUUUAUGUGGGAAACGAAUUUUUGGCACGUGACCCAGCAGAAGUCAAGUCAAAUGGUAUUACGCAUGUGUUAAAUCUAGCAAUGGAGGAUGUAGAGACCGGAACGAAAUUUUAUAAAGAAAUAGGUGCCAAAUAUUUCGAAAUAUUUGCUGAAGAUGAUCCAAAAUUUGAUAUAAAACAAUGUUUCUAUGAGGCAUGUGAAAUAAUAGAUAAAGCAUUAAAAGACGGAGGGAAAAUCCUAGUACAUUGCGUGGCAGGCUAUAGAAGAUCUCCAACAGUAGCCAUUGCUUAUAUGAUGAUAAAGAAACAAUACCAUCUGUGGGACGCCAUAGCAGAGGCUAGAUCUAAAAGAAAAAUAUUUCCAAAUGAUGGUUUUAUAGAACAAUUGUGUAUGCUAGAAAAAGAGCUUCAUGGGUGAUAGAUAUUUUUGCAAUAUACAGAUAAUAACUUUGUAACUAAAUUGCAGGGUAUUCGAUUUCCCCAUUAAUACCUCGAUGUACUGUAACAUUUUGCAGUAUUUCUAAAUCAAAUUAUUUUUUUAUCUUGUUAUAUGUUCAGUAUCCUUUAUUAACCUAUCUUAUAAAACUUGCAAAUACAUAAGCGUGA